AUGACCGCCAACGGUAAUAGUAGGACGGAGACACCCUCGCGAGGGCCGCUGGACAGCUGGCUGAUCCCGUCGAUCUGCAAGAAGCCCCGGUCGCCGGGUCAAAGUCAACCGCGCACAAACGCAUCGCCGAGGCCGAUCGCUCACGCGCUCCCGCUGAGGCCGCCGGACCCUCGCCGGGUCCUACCGAGCUCGCCGCCCACCCCGGCGGCGCCGAAAUCGAAUGAACUCACCGCGCUGACCCUCAAAGGAGAGCUCCUGGUCGCCGCCAUACUCGCCGGCGCCAAGCGAUGCGAGAACCGCUCGUGGCAGAUCGCGCCAGGCUGGUACGCCCUGCACCUCGGCUACGGCCAGCCGACGGAGGCGGAGGAAAACUCGUGGCGCAAGCACUGGCGCGCGUCCGAGGGCGCCAACCCGCCGAUCCCGCCCGGCAUCGGCGCGCGCCUUCCGAGUCGCGGCUCCAUCGUCGGAGCCAUAUGCAUCGGCGAGAACACCAAGGUGGUCAGCGCGGCGGCGGCGCGGCGCUGCCAUGGUGGGUGGGGCGACGGGGGCUGGGCGCACGGGCCGAGGGUGCACCGAAUCAAGCACGUCGUCGCGCUCAAGCAGCCGGUGACUGGCGUCAAGGGCAAACUCAGCACCUGGAGCGUGGUCGACGAGAGCACCGCGGGCGAGGCUGCGGCCAAGGCUGUGUGCGACGCAAUCAAAGAGUUCACGGCUUGAACGUGUGAGUAAAGGUAUUCGUUUCGUCGUCAACGCUAAGGGACGGGAUCCCUCUGUGUGCUAGCUAGCUAGCUGUAUCGUAGUCAUGUCGUACCUCCGUACGUUCGUUU